GAUUUUCCGUCAAAAUCUCUAUUCUCAAACGUUCGGUAAAUUUCAGUUAAAAGAUCCCCACCAUCUUUAAAAAAAACAACAACAACAACAACAACAACGAAACGCGAUGUUGUCGAUGAAGCAAGAAGAAAACGCUUCGGUGACGAAGAACCCCAACAUGUCCGAUUUCGGUAAAGAUGGCGGCCAGAAGGUCCAAUAUCCCCCCAAUCACUACGUAGACGCCAACGGUAACAUCAAGUACUUCACCCGCCAGGGCUCCUAUCCGAUGCCGAUGCCUUCGAACCAAUUCAAACAGUACUACCCACCGCCCCAACAGACUCUAAUCAAACAACAACAACUCAAAUUGCAGCGCAUGCAAUCCCAACAGGCGCAAAUGCAACCGAACCAACCGCCCCAGAUGCCCACCUCCCAAUCGCAACCGCCCCUAUUGCAACAACAACCCCAACAACCGAUGCAACAACAGCAAAUGACGAUGCAACAACAGCCUAUGCCGAUGCAACAGCAACAACAACAGCAGCAACAGCAACUGCAAAUGCCGGCGAUGCAACAACCAACGCCGUUCCAACAGCAGAUGAUGCAACCGCAACAAAUGCAGCAAAUGCGGGCGACUCAACCGCCACAACAACAACAACAACCGCCACAACAACAACAACAAGUACCACAAAGAUUGAGUUACUACGAGAACAAUCCAGGAGUUCCUCAAGUAAUGGAUUACUACAACGGAUCGUACGCGCAGAACCAGCAGUACCAGCAAAUGGACAACAUGGCGAACAACUCGUACACGCAGCAAAUGAACAAUAAUCUCCAGCAGGAUUACUACCAACCUGCAGCACCGCCUGUUAACUACCAAUUAGAAGCCAACCAGUACAACCAACAGGGCAAUUACUACCAACGCAACCAGCAGAGGAACGUCGUCUACGACAACGCCGGAAUGUACCAGCAGGCCUUCAACCAGUACCAAACGGAUUAUUACGCGAACAACGCCAACAAAAUGUACAACAACAACAACAACAAGAUGUACGCGUUCGACCACCAGCAGCAGCACGACUUCCCCAGCGAGACGGAGGUAUCGAACGUGGAGUACCACCAAGGCGGCGUCUCCAGCGAGCUGGUGAACCGCAAUUACACCAACAGCGGUUACCAAGGCAAGGAGCUGGUGCACCCGAAGGAGACGUUCGAGAAGCUCUGCCAGAACAUACCGCUGUGCAAGAACUGCGCCGAGAUCAUCCGGCACCAUUUCUACGCCAACGGCGAUUUGGACGAGGUGAAGAAGCUGGCCGAGACGAGCAAGAGCGAUCGCUCGCUGGGCGCCAAGGACAAGGACAAGACCAAGGAGGCGCCGACGAAGCUGUCGGAGGCGGAGGAGGAGGGCGCCGCCGGCGGCGGGGCGGCGACGGAGGCGGACGCGUCGAGCGGCGGCGGCGGGGAGUCGGAGGCGAACGCGGCCGGCGACAGCGAUUCGGCCAUCUACGAGGGCCAUCCGAGCAAGAAGGAGACGCCGAGCGUGCACAACUUCGUCGAGGACAAGUGCUCGAGGUGCGGCGGUUGGACGUUGGUGCAGGAGGAGGACGAACAGUGACGUGCUAUCUCUCUACGUUUUAUCUUGUGGUAUUUCGGUCGUUAUAUGUUACAAUAAAAUGUGAUUUAAUUCUCGGAGGAAUCUGUACGAGUUUGUGUAAUCUGUGUAUUUACCUGUGUUCAGAUUUUUA